UAAGAAUAGUUGUUUAAAAAAAAAAAAGGAAAAGAAAAGAAAAGAGAAAAAAAAGGGAAAGAGUAGUUGUAAUCUGAAGCUUGCUGGAGGCUGGGUUGGGAAGCAGCUAUAAAAGCUCUAGCGCUUGCUGGAGCCCCCUCAAACUGCAGACUGAGCAGACUGAAGCUGGUGUAGAGCUGGGAGUGGAGCUGCAGCGAACCACAGGCUCACGAUGCAGGUCCUCGUGCUACUCCUCUGGACUGGAGCCCUGCUAGGGCAUGGCAGCUGCCAGAACAUUGCCAGCAGCCCGGAGGCCUCCCAGGAUCCUGAGAGCACAGGGGAGCCAGUGGAGGAGGAAGACCCCUUCUUCAAGAUCCCUGUGAACAAGCUGGCAGCAGCCGUCUCCAACUUUGGCUAUGACCUUUACCGGCUGAGAUCCAUCGAGAGCCCCACCUCCAAUGUGCUGCUGUCUCCGCUCAGUGUGGCCACAGCCCUCUCUGCCCUUUCGCUGGGAGCCGAACAGAGAACAGAAUCCAUUAUUCACCGGGCUCUCUACUAUGAUGUGAUCAGCAAUCCAGACAUCCAUGGCACCUACAAGGAACUUCUUGCCACUGUCACUGGCCCCCAGAAGAACCUGAAGAGUGCUUCCCGGAUUGUCUUUGAGAGGAAGCUGCGGAUAAAAUCCAGCUUUGUUGCACCAAUGGAAAAGUCAUAUGCAACCAGGCCCAGAAUCCUGACUGGUAACCCUCGAAUUGACCUUCAAGAGAUUAACAACUGGGUGCAGUCCCAGAUGAAAGGGAAAAUCCCCAGGUCUACAAAGGAAGUGCCCAGUGGAAUCAGCAUUCUCCUUCUUGGCGUGGCUUACUUCAAGGGGCAGUGGGUAUCAAAAUUUGACUCCAGAAAGACUUCUCUCCAGGAUUUCUACUUGGAUGAGGAGAGGACUGUGAAAGUCCCCAUGAUGUCAGACCCCAAGGCCACUUUACGCUAUGGCUUCGAUACUGAUCUCAACUGCAAGAUUGCCCAGCUGCCCUUGACUGGAAGUAUGAGUGUCAUCUUCUUUCUGCCUAUGAGGGCAACCCAGAAUUUGACCAUGAUAGAAGAGAGCCUCACCUCUGAGUUUGUUCAUGACAUAAACCGAGAACUGAAGACUGUCCAAGCGGUCCUGAGCAUCCCCAAGCUGAAGCUGAGUUUUGAAGGGGAAGUUACGAAGACCCUGAAGGAGAUGAAGCUGCAAUCCUUGUUUGAGUCACCCACCUUUAGCAAGAUCACAGGGAAAUCCAUCAAGCUUACUCAAGUGGAACACCGGGCUGGUUUUGAAUGGAAUGAGGACGGGGAAGGAACUGCUGCCAACCCAGACCUCCAGCCCGCCCACCAAACCUUCCCCCUGGACUAUCACCUGAACCAACCUUUCAUCUUUGUCCUGAGGGACACAGAUACAGGGGCCCUUCUCUUCAUAGGCAAAAUUCUGGACCCCAGGGGUACUUAA